AUCCUGAAAACAUGGCAGUUUAAACACUAAAUACUUUAAUUAUUCUUAGAAUAAUAAUAACUACUAUUUUAUGUUUUCCAUAACUAUAUUUUCAAGUAUAGUAUUUAUUUAUUUAGUAAUUGACAGAAACAGCUCCUAUUUCUCAAUAGGGAAAAUUAUAUUUUAUUUUAUUAGUGAAUAAUAAGUGUAUAAAUAUCUUAAUUACUUUUUAAAAUAAAUAAUAAACAAUUUUAAAGUGAAUUACAUUUAAUUAUCUCAACUUUUAAAAAAAACUACUCCUAAUACCUUUUGUUUUGUUAAUAAGAGAUACCUUUUAAUCACAAAAACAACGUAUGUGAGAAGGUAAGAGGUGAGAGCUGCUUAAUGGUAUUUGCAUCCUUCAGUAUUUUCUACAUUUCUGCAUAAAAAUGGCUCAAAACAUGAGUGGAUUUUCACACGAGUCAGCAUGAGAGUGGACAGAAAGAACCCAAUCAUAGACAUGAAACUGAAAUGUCACAUUUAGAAUUUGUUUAUUCAGGAAAAUGAGCCGAUAUUACAUAUCUAUGGAGUGGACCUGUUGGAUUACAAGACGAUUUAAAGGCCACAUUAGUCCAUGUGUUUACUUCAGUGUGUCAUUAGAUUUCUGCUUUGACGUUUACUCAGCUCAGGUAAAAAGUUGUUGUUGCUCAUCAGGCUGAAAAAACGUCCCAAAAUAAUCUCUAAAGAGUUUAAAAUCCACAAAUAAUCUACCGUCAGACAGAUUUUAGACGACUGUUCCCCUCGACAGGAGAAGUGACGAGUUCACUGAUGAUGGACAAAGACAAAGACACUGCUCUGUGUCCAAAAAGAACAAUUCUGAACUAUUCAUUCUUAAAUGAGAGGUGUCACAUUUGGAAAUGAACCAACAGAACCUCAUAUUAAUCAAGAGGGCGGUAACGUCCUAGUUUGAAACUGUUUUGCUGCAUCUGGACCCGGACGUCUCAUCACCAUUGACAGAGCAAUGAAUUCUGAAUUACACCAGUGAAUCCUAAAAGAAAAUGUCAGGACAUGUGUCCACGAGCUGAAUCUGAAGAGAAACUGGACAACGUAGGAAAACAAGGAGCCCAAGAACAACAAAUGGUUUUACAGAAGAAUAGUUAAAGAGGAACGGCCAAGUCAAAGUCCUGACUUUAAUCCAAUAGAAAUGUUGUUUAGUUUCUGUUAUUGCUGCAUUAGGAGGUCACAGCAGGCACUGAGAACAAGUGUCCACACAUUUAUGCACCUAAAUGAUAUGGAAUAGUUAUAUCUAUAAUAACUUACAUUUGUGUUAUUGGGUCCUCAUCAUGUAUGUUCAGGACUUAUGUGAAAAUCCAAUUAUGUUUUUAGUAAUUUUUAAGCCUAAAUGUGGGUGAAACUCUUAAAUAUAUUGCAAUAUAUAUUGCUUAUAUUGCAAAACAUAGUUUUUUUUUCUUUAUCAACAACUUCAUUACGAUUAGGUAAAAUAUUUUUAGCAGUACAAAAUAAUUUUAGCUAAAUUUCCUUUUUAUUUUAUAUUUAUUUGCUUAUUUUUGUCGGGACAGUGCAUAUUAAUGGAAAGUGCAGUUCAUGACGCAUUGUAAAUAUGCAGGAGUUAGCAUUACAUGCUAAAUUUCAUCCGCAGUCCCCAAAAAAUAAAUAUAUAAAUGCAUAACUGUAAUGCUAAAUAAGGUAUUAUUACAUCUUAAAUGUAAAAAAAAAAUAAAAAUAAAAACAACAACAAAAAAACAAUACUUAAAUAACACCCAGAAAAUGUUAAGUCCGGUUCAUGACCAUUCAGGACAUACUUGACAUUUAUAUCCUCUUAUUUAUUUAUUUUUUUUAAUUUAAUACUGUUAAUUUUUCCAGUAACGCUCUGUUAAAUGUAAACAAAAAAAUAUUUAAAUAACGACCAGAAAAGGUAAACACGACAGUCAGGGCCGCUCAGUGGCUGACACAGCAUUAAAUAAAUAAAAGAGGAGUGUUUAUAAAAUAGUUAUAAUAUGAACCUCCGGAGGUUUGUCCUGCAGGGCGGACGGUCUGGAGCUCCAGAUCCGGUUCCCUGCAGCUAAAAGCCGGACUAGAGCAGAGAGGAGAGGCUCCUCCAUGUUGGACGUCCCGCUGCUGCUCCGGCGGCCAUUUUGGAAAAACCUUCACUAAACCGGCGUCUUAAAAAAUAUGAUAAAUAACAUCAGACGAUGUUACACAUCACAGCGUUUUUUUGUCGUUAAUCGACACUAACUUUUUAACUUUCACCAGUUCGCGUUUUUUCUGCGCAUAAAUCAGCUGCUGGGUCACGUGAGCACGGGUCAAGACCGUGGGUGCGCUUGAAAAUCUCACCGACACAAACUAAGAUACAGAAACAGAAAUACAAUUUAUUAAUACAAUUCAGUUUCUACUGUUCACCAUCUAGACAUACAACCAUUCACACAACAAUAACACAUAGCAGGAGUAGCAUGAUAUGGCCUGAGAUUAAGUACAAUUAAUUUAAGGCGGAAAGCAGAAUAAAUAGUAAUAAAGCAGAAUACUUGAAAAAAUGAGAUAAAAAUAAGAUACAAAUAACAGAUUAAAAGGUAAUAUGUGCAUUUCUUCACCACAAAAGCACUAUUAGAUUGGUUAUUUUAUUAAUUUUACACAUAGAGAUAUUUAUUCCACUUAGUACAAUUAUUUUUGGGACAUUAAAAUGCAUUAGCAUUAACGUUUUAUAAAAAUACCAGGCUAAUAUUAAAUUACUAGACAAAUCCAAGCGGAAAUUCUGCUUUAAGAUAUUUAUUAAAGCUUUGAUAAUUAAAAUCAACCCGCUGCUAGCAUUUAUUUGGUGCCCGCCUUUCCCGCUACGUAGAAACGGCUACAUGGAGCGCACCCACACUUGGACAACCAAAACUUGCGCUAGGUUAAAAACAGUAAAACCGUCCAUCCCGAAGAUAAUCCAUUUAUGUAAAUUUCUUCCACGUGCGUAACACUUUAUUACGUGUUAAUUAAACAUAAAGCCUUGUAUUUUAUCCGAAAACGUUAAACGGACGCCAGCAAAACGUCGUUCGUGUCAUUUUGUCGAGCACCGACGAACUCCGUGUUAGUUCAUACUCGUGGGCAGGAAAGUAACUACUAGAAGGUUGCUAGGUAGGCUAAUGUUUUGCUUUAAUUAGAGGAGGUGCGCACUUUUCCGCCACGGUUCAGAUGGCUGUACGCUGGUUAUGCAGGUAAGAGUGAAACUCCGCGAGUUGUGUUUGUUUGUAAAGACCUCCGCCCCCCAAAAAACUGGAGUUAUUUGGCCGAGGUGGGGCUGAGUCAGGUGAUCAUCGGUAGCUCGCUUAACACACCGAUACGCGCACACACAGACACACACACAAUGACACAAGGCUUCUGCUGUUAAUUUUAGAUGCUACUUUAAAUAUUAUGUAAGCACCGGUAAAGGUAUUUAUUUUUAAACCGAGACGCUUUAGGAGGAAGACCCUCUGUUAAGGCUGUGGGAGGGGCGACAGCAGCUGGACCGCAGUCUCUCAGUGUCUCUCAGUGUCUCACUCGGUCUCCGGGUGCUGAAGCUGUGACCGUAGCAUCGUCUCCUCUCUGGAUUCUGGAUCUAUCCCUCCAACCCACCCACCCACACGGUCUCUUUCCACCUGCCUUGGCUGAUGGAAACACACACACGUCCGCAGAAAUGUGCGCGAAUGUGUUUGGCGUUUUGAAAAGCCUGUUCGGGAAGCCCUUUGAUGGCGGGAAGAGGAUGGACCAUGGUGGCCCGCAGCAGCAGCAGCAUCCGAUGGAUCAGCAGCAGCAGGCCUACCAUGCGCACCACCCGGCCAUGAUGCGGCUGUACGAGGUCCAGAAGGAGGUGGCGUCCCUGGGGCCGCAGGUCUGCACCUUCAGCGGCCUGCAGGACGACCGGGACUACAAGCGCCUGGAGCGGGAGCUGACCCGGCUGCUGCUGGACGUGGACCAGGUGGACACGGAGGGCAAACCGGAGCUGCAGGGGGCGCGCAAGAGGGCCGCGCAGGAGGUGGAGGGGCUCCUGCGCUACCUGGAGGAGAACGCCACCCACCCGUCCCGCCUGGCGAUCGAGCAGCUGAGCAACGAGGCGCGGCGGCUGGUGGACGAGCGGGUGGUGGCGCCGCAGCGGGCCGGCGGCGCGGCGGAGAUCAGCGACGAGCUGGUGGACGCCCUGCAGGAGCUGGUGCUGAAGCUCACCCAGGUGAAGACGGAGGGGCGGGUGCCGCUGCGCAAGGCUCGCUACCGGGCGCUGACGCGCCUGUGCGCCGUGCAGGACGUGAUCGAGGGGCGCACGCAGCAGCAGACGCUCUCCCUGCCGCUGUCGGGCGACACGCACGAGGCCGUCAACCGCAUCAACCAGGUGAUGGUGAAGGUGAGCGUGGCCCGCAGUCAGCUGGUGGCGCUGCUGAUGGGCCUGAGCGGGAGGGACAGCUGCGCCCACCUGUCCCGCAUCCUGACGGAGAUGCAGGUGGAGCUGGACGCCCUGGACGUGUCCGGGAACGCCGCCAUCAGGAAUUACAGGAAGCAGGUCGUGGAGGAGAUAAACGGGCUGCUGAAACACCUGGACCUGGAGGGGGAGGGAGAAGACACGCGCAGGUACGACUUGGCGCAGAACAACUCCAUCCGCGAGAUCGAGGCGGUGAGAGCCCACGUGUCCCACCUCCGAGAGGGCGUCCUGCGACACUGCGCGAUGGGCGACCUGGGCUUCAGGCCCAAGGCCGAGCUGCAGAGCCUCCUCACACACCUGGACCAGGUGGACACGGCCAAGAACCCGUGCAUCAGAGAGGCCCGCCGCCGCGCCGUGGUGGAGGUCCAGGCCAUCAUCACCUUCCUGGACCUCCGCGAGGCCCUCGCCCGCCGCCAGCCGGGCCCCAGCGAACACCCGUCGCACCGGUCCGUGUGGCUCGUCCUCGGGAGCCUGUCGGACCUCCAGGCCCAGGUCCUGGGCUUCGACGGCAAGCGGGUCGACAAGAGCUACAUGAUCCUGGAGGAGCUGCUGACCAAGCAGCUGCUGGCGCUGGACGCCGUGGACCCGCAGGGCGACGAGUCGACCAAGGUGGCGCGGAAGCAGGCGGUGAAGUUCGCCCAGAACAUUCUCAACUACCUGGACAUGAAGACGGACGAGUGGGAGUACUGACUGGGUCGGGCGAAAAGGAGCUGACGAUGUAUGUAAAUGUAAAAAAAAAAAAAAAGAAGAAACUGGUGCGUUUAUCAUUCCAUGGGCUGUAAAUAUUGACUCAAAUCCCCAGAAUGCACUGCAGCAGCGCUUCUCCGUCAUCUCUCUGUGGUAGUCAUGGCCGACCCCGCUGAGAAACACAGAACUCCUUUUUUUUUUUUUUUUUUGUGAAACACACUUCUUCUCUCGGAGAUUUCUUUUAAUAUCUCCCGUGUGUGUGUGAGUGUGUGUGUGCGUGCGUGCGUGCGUUUGAGUCGUCGUCGUCGUAUUUGGCGUGUGGUCGUCGAAAGCCUGCUGCCAAAGCACUAAACAAUUGCCUGUUAAAGUGGUCGCGUCCUCCCCGACUGCACUUGAUAUCGAUAGAUUGGAUUAAGCGAGCGGUGGCUUCCUCGUCUGGCCUGAUUAAUUUGUUGCUAACGGAGACGGCGUGCGUUACACACGGUGACCUAAUUAACGAGCGUCAGACCUGCAAGGUUUUUUUUUUAGGUGAAAGAGUCGGUUAAUUUGAUUUUGCUGCGUUUUCUUAUUGGCCGAACGGGGGAAGUUCAUGUGAUCUGCGUUGAACUCUGGAGGUGAAGCGCGAGGCACCAGCUGGCGUUCAAGUCAGGCAAUCUGUGUUUAAACAGAAAUGUAAUUAGACGGGGAAACGGUGGGAGUCUGCGGAUGGAAGGUCACUCUCCUUUAUCCCCCUCAGCAUUUGGUCCAGGUCUCUGUCAGGCAUGUCAACCCACCCCCCCCCUCCUCCAAAAAAACAAAAACAAAAACCAAUCCAGAUGUUUUCAAACUCAGUUGAAACCCUUCUCCUCCCGCCGCUUGUGUAGCUGCUGUUCUGUCUCGUUUCAGAUGUUUUGUUGUGACUCUGUGUGAACGGCUACAAAAAGAUCAGGUUCAGAGAAAGACGAAUGGAGGCGAAAAUGCUUUUUUUUUUUUUUUUGGUCCCCCUUUUUUGUUUCUACCCGCUGCUUCUUAUACUGAUGGAGGACAGAAGAGGUUGAGGCGGCGCUGUCCUUCGACACAUCAAGGCUGAGUAUCGCAGGGGCCGACAGCCGGGUUCCUGCGCCGCGGUGGAGGAGCAUUGACGGUGAUCGGAGUCGACGCAGCCUUUCCAGAAACUUCUCUGAGCCGCUGCUGGAGAUGGUGGGUGGGUGGGAGGGUAAGGGGAGGGAGGGAGAGCGAGGAUGAAGUCCAAAUAUCUGUGCCUUUAUUUUCACCCCUCCCUUUGAACCUGUUCGUGUAUUUAAAUAAAAAAAAAAAAAGAAAGAAAAAGAAACAGAAGCAGCCUUGUAGUGCAUAAAGAGCCGGCUCGUUUCUGCGUUAAUGCACAAGAAUGAGGACACUAGAGCGCUGAAUGUGUUUACGGAGAAGCACCUUGGCCGUCGUUGCCACAAGAAAUUUGCACUACGUGUCAAAUCUUUGUAAAAAAAUCUGCAAAUUUUCUUCCCCCCCCUCGUCCCUCAAUAAACUUCCGGUCAGUGAUUUGUAGUUUCACGCUUGCAGGCAGCCUCACUGGGAAAAUUAAGAUUAAAUAAUAACUUAAAAUGACUUCACAGUUUCCUGCUUAACCUCCCGACAUGAAGUUAUCACAUGAUCUUUACCGGUGGAUGGAGGCUCCUCCACCAGCUUCCUCUUCUCUCUUCAGGUGUGUGAGUGCAGCGUAGCAUACCUGAGUAAUAAUAAUAAAAUAAUCAAUAAUAUAAGUAGAUAAGAUGGUAAUAAAAUGCUGUUCUUGGUUCUGAAACAACAGUAUAAAAAUAUGUUUUAGUUUUUUUGUUUUUUGCAUAAUUUUUCUUUUAUUUUUAGUUGUUAUUUUCAUUUUCAUGAUUCACAGUAUAACUUAUAAUAUAUACCCAUCCUAAAUAAUCAAUCCAACUGAAUAUCUACAAAAAAAACACACAAAAAAAUACAAAAGAAAACAAAAUCAGUUGCUACAACGUCGCAGUUAUGUCGCUUAGAACUUCUUUCCUUCUAAUCUUCUAUCAUCUUAUAUUUUAGGGCUUUUUUUUGUUUGUAUUUGUUUUUUUGAAGAUUGAUAUAGAACAACAUAGGUUCAGUUUAUCCUGAGGUAGUUCUGGCGUAGCUUGGACUUUUGAGUCAUUAUCUUGCUGUAGGAUGAAGCCCUGAACCAACAAGACCAGAGGAACUUUUGACCAGUAGUGGAUUUAAAAAAUAAAGAGCAAAUGUUGAACAUCAUCAGGGAGGAAAAGUUGUUUCUAAUAUUUUUAAUUGAGCUACAUGUAAGAAUUUAAACGUGCCACAUUCAAUAAAUAAUCUGUUAGUUGACUCUAAAUAACCCAUUUUAUUUAUUACUCGUGUAACUUGUCCUUUACGAUGUAAAUCUCCACAACUCUUCCUUCAUCGUGGCUCAUAAAUUAAAAAUACCUCAGCGGGAAAGAGGUUGUCGACCGAUCUUGUCUGAUUGGCAGAUUAUGCGACUUUUCUUGGCUGUGGAAGCUUUUUUUUUUUUUUUUUCCUGAGUUUAUUUCCGUGAGGUUGCCUGCAGUGCGAAGCCAAACUAAAGUGUCAAAUAACGUCCUGAUAAUUUCUACCACGACGAGUGAUUGAGGCGACGAAGCCCAAGCAAAUGUUUUGUCGUUCGUUCCAAGCCGCCCAGAACGGUGUCGUCCUGUUUCGCUGCCUUUGUGUUCCACUGAACUCCCACGGACCCUUUUUAUCUGCUUUAAGCUGCUACUGGAAGCAUUUUGUAUCGGCUCGGCCUCGCCCCCCGUCCCACCGGGGGCGGGGGGCAGCCGUCUGACUCAUUAUAAAAUUAGAUUAAACAGUGGUCAUUAAGCAUGGCCAGCCGGCCUGGAUGCUGUCGCAACAGAUGCUCUCUCUCUUCAGACCAAACCAGUCCGGACACACCUUAACUUCACUUUCUAUUUCUAUUUAUUCCCUUUUGAAACCUCUCUUUGAAUAGUUUAUGAAAACACUGUAUAAAGAAAUGUUGGUUACAUCUUUAAGUGUCGUCCCACAGAGAGCGAAGAUCUCUAAAUGUUUUUGCUGAAGGAUUUUGUUGAGAUGAAAUCACCACUGCUCCUCCAAAACUGUGACGUUUGCGCAUGGACACACUUUAUUUUUUAUUUAUUUCUUUUCUUUUUUUCAAAGUAUUAGAAGCUGGUUUCACUUUUGAAAUGAUGGAUCAGUGUUGUAAAAAACAGCUCUGUGGCAUUUAUGUGUGUUUACACUAAAAAGAAGGUUUGUUUUAUAGUUGUAAAAAGAAAACCCAAAAACCUACCAAGAAGAUAAAGCUUAAGAUGUAUUUUAUUUUUUCUUUACUGUCAACAUAUCCCUACAGUGCUUCUGUGGCUCAUCAGUUUAAAAAACUGCUCACAAAUUAUAUUUUAAUAGACUAAGAAAAUAUUCAGUAAAUUUCUUUAAAUGCAUUUUUCAUUUUCAGAUAUUAACUCCAGACACGUGGCUACGUUUACAUGGACAUUAUAAGUUAAGUAUAUACUUACAUUAACUGGCAAAUCUGCACAUAAUAUAACAUUUAAAAUUGAGGCAUUUUCAGAUUAUUAGUGGAUUUCCAUGUAAACGUUGCAGACGUAAACUCCUAAUUACAUUUGCAUGACUUUAAAAAUCAAAUUCAAAUCUCGGAUUUACUCUAAAAAAGAGCAAAUAAUCUCUUAUAAUAAAUGUGAACCAGCCUCCAAACCACGCACUUCAACAUAAAAUCUUUUCAGUCUUUUCCUUGCCUCGGUUUUUUAUCCACCCACCCCCACACACACACAACACAUAGGCGGCCCGCUAAAAGCAGCUCGGGGUCUCCGCGUGUCUGAACUUGGUGGCUCUGGAGUCCAUUAAACAAGGGUUUAAAAGAUUCAGAUCCAGUGGGUAUUCAGAGACGGCCCUGUUGCGGGACGAUGCAUUUACACGGGAAAAACAACAAACAGGCUGAGCGAGCUGCAGGAGGUUCAAAGGUUUGACUUUCCUUUAGAGGUUGAAUGUAAUCGUGGAGGAAUGUUUAUUUAUUUAUCAUCAUUUUUUAUAUUCCAUAGAACCAAAGUUUCUUAUGAUAUAGAGAGAUGCUUGAUGACUGGUAAGAUGGCAGCAGAACGGUGGAUUGAGGUGGUUUUAGCAUCCAAAUGUCCACACCUGAGUCAGUAAAUUGAAGCUUGAACGCUACACCAGGAAAACCUGUUUCAGCUGCUGUUACAAGGAAACCUUCAUUGUUAACCAUUUGUUUUAAAUGUAACGAUUACUUGCAGAAUUUCAGUAAGCUAGCUGUUGAUUAUCAGUUUAAACUACGGAUAAAAUUGUGCAAAAGUGCAAAAAAAAACGAUGGCAGCUGAGCACCACCUCUUUCACCAUUUUUUUGGAAUUAGCUGAGAGUUCGGUGGAGUAACGCACUGCCAAGAUGGCGACGGCCGCAGACGCCACACUGAGCUUCAAAAUGCUCAUCAGGAAACCUAUUUUAUAUACAGUCCAAGGACAAUACCUGCAUCGCUGUGUAUCAAGUCAUAAAAAAAGAAACGAGAACAUGUAAAGCAUGCUUCUUAUAACUUAACUCUUUUCCCAGCACUGUCCUUUUGCUAAGCUAAGCUAACUGCUAGAAUCACAUCUAAAGUCUACAUUGUUGAGUUGGUGCAACUGGCUGCAGAAAAAAUUAAAAGAAACACCAGAAAUUCACCAAAGGAGAAAAGAUUUUCCUUGCUGAGCUUUUUUUUUUUUUUUUUUUUUUUUUUUUUUGGUCGCUCUUGUUUGUUACUGCUUUGCCUUUCUUUCUGCAAAAGACAGGAAUGUGUUCAUAGGUGGAAAAAGGUAUUUUAUUUUUUCUAAUUGUACGUUUUCUUACGUCGCCUUUAACUGCAUUGAUUGUGACAGGCUUUCGAUGUUUCUCCUCCGAGAUGCGCUUGUACAAAAAAGCACACCAACACUGGAAAAACAAAAAGAAAAAAAAAGAAAAAUAUGUUGUGUGAAUGCCCCAUGGAUGGUUGUGUUUAGAGUUUGUAUUCCCAAUGCAAAAUAAAGACGCGGUGUCUUCA